CUCGGAAAGGAAUACAGACAUUAUUUCUCAUUGUUCAACUCUACGGUUUGCGGCAUGCAAGCAAGCGUCUUCUGCAUGCAAGCAAGCUUGCAAGCAAGCGUCUUCUGCAUGCAAGCAAGCUUCUUCUGCUGCGGCAGUGUUGUCAUGGGGCGCGCUUUGCAGUCCACUAUCUGAUCAGCACUAAUAAGCAGAUUGAGAAAAUCUUCGUGGAGGACAAGAGUUCGACAACGGUCGAGAUCCAGAUCGAGGUUCAAGCCGGGAUACAUACCCAAAUCAAGAUCUGCUAUUGGAGAAUCAGAAGCUGUGUAGUGCCGGCAAAGAAACAGAAAAAAAAAAAAAAAAAGGUAGUUUGGUUGGAAGAGAGAGGAAAGGAGAUGGGACAGAGGUCGAGGCAGAAGACAACCAUCACGGUUUCCUUGCCGACGCGAAAGUUGAAGAAGACAGCUAUGGCGCGGCACGGCUAUGGCGGCGCCGGGGGUGACAGAUUCACUGACAGCAGCGUUCACUUUCUCGCCGAGGUGGCUAUGGCCGUCACUGCCGUUAUGUUGUCUUGCUUUCCGUUGGGAGGAUUCGCUGUGGCGGUGACGACUGUGAGCUUUCCCGGACCAGAUGGGGUGACUCUCUCUGCUGUGCAGUAUGAGCCUAACGGAUUCGCUAACGGGGUCCGUUACCCGGCCGUUGUCAUGCUGCAUGGCUGCAGCGGCAUGUGGUCCGGCAGGAACGUUGGCGCCGUUAACAAGGACGGCACCCCUAAUUUGCAGAAUCAUUUGGAGAAAUGGGGGUUGAAAUUGGCAGGUCUAGGGGUCGUGGCUCUGGCAGUCGACAGCUUCACUCCGCGCGGACUCCUCUCCCCCAGCGAGCAGUGGCAAUGCGAGGGCAGCGUGUCCGUCGAUCCCCACACGACACGUGUGGAGGAUGCUCGGCGCGCUUACGACUACUUGAUUGGUUUGUUGGAAUCCAAGGUCGAGGGUUCGAAGAUCGCGUUGCUGGGCUGGAAUCAUGGCGCGCAGGCGGCUAUGGUCGAGGUCGCCGCUACGCCCCGCGAUGUCAACUCUGAGCGACCGGUCGCCGACCGCCGCUACCUCGCCGCCCUCUGCUUCUACCCUGAAUGCGGAACGCUGCUUGGCUUUGGCGAGACGGUGGAGGGAAGCUUCUGGAGACCCUACUCUCCCAUGCAGCUCCACGUUGGCAGCGCUGAUUUCUUCUACGAGCAGUGCAAGCUGCGCGCCGAAAUUGCCCAGACCGCUCCGUACAAUGCUGACCUGUCAUUCCCUGAUCAUCCAGCCGCUGUACAUGCUUUCGACGGCUUGUCACAGAAAUGGCCCGUCUCGAAAUGCGACGGCACCCCAUCUGAGGCCGACGCCCAGGAGUGUGCAAUGAGGGCUGCAGACAUCGAUGGUCUGCAUUUCUUCAAAGCUAGUCUGGGCCUUGAAGCAGCAACAGAAUCUGCUCACUACGACGAACUCUGAAGAGUCUGGACGAUUGUUGUUACAGUACCCUUUUUUUUUUUAAGGGGUGGGGGUGUGGGGAGGGGGGGGGGGUAACUACGGCGCAGUCACCUAAUUUAAAGCGUUUGUGUAAAUGCAUUUGAAACAGCCUUUUGGCAGACUGAGUCCAGUCAGGGCCCCAGUUUCAAAUGCAGUUGAAAUUCGGGGCCAAGUCCCACUUACACAAAUUCUGGAUUUCUGACCCUUGAUUCUGAAGAUCAACGGCCCGAAAUGAAUAUUUGGUGGGAUGGGACUUGGCCCUCGUGCUGCGGAUUGGUUGCACUUCAGUCAUAGAGGGUACGACCACUUGGGGACAGACUCACACUACCCAGCAGCGUCUAGGCACUCAAAAUCCCAGAAUCGCAGAAUCAGCCGCCAGAUCAAGUCCUCCUCAGAGAAGAACUGUCAUUUUGCUAUUCCGUGAUUUUCAGGGUCUAGUGUGAGUAUACUCUUAGGGGGAAAAAAGAAAUGCCAGCCAGUCAGGCCGUUGGUGAGCCUGAAAGAGGCCUACGGGCGUGGCACUGAGUGCUCAUCCCCGUUGCCGCCCUUGAACUGUUGAAAUCCAGGCCAAGUUAAAGUCCAGGUAAAACAGGGAAAGGUCAGACCAGUUGCAAGGUAAGGAGCCUCUCCCCACUACUCUCGUUCUGUGCAAAAUGAGGAUGAAUCUUCUGCUAGAACAUCGGGAAUCUUCUGCUAGAACUUCGGCGGAGGCAGAUAGGAGGCGAAAAGGUUAGUUUCCCUCCACAGGGAAAAGGAGGGAGCAUGCCUCUCCCUUUCCUCUUCCGUCGGGGGAGAGUGGGAGAUGUUCAGGUGGUUUCGGUAUUUUGCAACUCGGAGUCCGCAAUUGGCUGAUCUGCACUGGAGCUAUACAUAAGUGGUGUGGUAGUGGUAGUCGUUCAGGAAUCUCUUUGGUUAUUUGCAAAUUUUCUCAAUUGUUCUUAGUAGAAGCCCCGGUAUCUCGAACUGUGUUCUGUAGUAUUUGCAUGAGGUCCGGUGGCCGGGCCGGUGUUGGUCCCCACGAAUA